AUGGAUACACAAGUUGAGUUAUUGCGUCAGUUUGUGGCUAUUUGUAAAUCGAAUCCAGCAAUUUUACAUGAGCCCAAAUUCGCAUUCUACAAAGAAUAUCUUGAGAGUCUUGGCGCAGAAAUUCCAUCUCCGACGACCAAACCUGAAGCAAGAUCAUCUUCUGAAGCAGCUGAUAAGCAUGAAGAGCCAACAAAGGGAGAAGAAAAAGAAGAAUCAGAGGAAGAGCCGGAGUUGGAACUUGAUAUGUCAGGAGUAAUCAAGGGAGAAGAAGACGAACCGCUUCCGAUGGGUGAUAUUAACAAAGAGGUAACGGAUGAAGAUGUAGAAAAAGCAAACGAACAGCGCGCAUUGGCUAUGCAAGCGCUGAACAACGGAAAUUUUGAGAAAGCUGUUGAACACUUCACUACUGCAAUUGAAGUUAAUCCAGGAUCAGCAAUUUUACAUGCCAAACGAGCAAGCGUGCUUCUCAAACUCAAUAAACCAAAUAAUGCAAUUAGAGAUUGUGACAAAGCCAUUUCGCUAAAUGCUGACUCAGCACAGGGUUAUAAAUUCCGCGGACGGGCACACAGGUUACUCGGCCAUUUUUUGGAAGCUCAUCGUGAUUUGGCUAUGGCAUGUAAAUUAGAUUACGAUAACGAUGCCAAUGAAUGGCUCAAGGAGGUAGAACCCAAUGUAAGUUUUUUUUAA